GCACACCUUGAAAUAUCAUCAAGCCUGGGGAAAACCUUGUCAGUCCUAGCCUGUGUCACGUUGCCAUAGUGUACUGUCACCAGGAACAAGUUUGAGGUAGAGGAACCUCAGAAUGAGAUGGAGGCCUCCAGAAGCAAGGGACUCGAAAGAGCUGCCGAAGCCCAAAGUGAGAGCCCCAAGCUGGGGGAGGGAGCACAGCAGGCAGGCUCUCUGAGGGUAAGGUUGGAAGGGAGCGUUUUAACUGUGGACCGGGCUUUGCUGGAGCAGUGCAGCGAGUACUUCCGCGCCCUCUUCCGGUCUGGCAUGAGGGAGAGCCAGGAGGAUGAGCUGCAUCUGAAAGGAGGAGUGCAUGCACGGGGUUUCCUGAUUGCUUUGGCAGUGUGCAGGGGUGAGAAACUUUCUCUACAGGACCCGGAAGAACUAAUAGAGGCCGUGGAAUGUGCUGCCUUUCUCCAGGUGGCGUCACUGUCCCAGCAUCUCUGCGAUAUCAUUGACUCUGACAACUGCCUCCUGCUCUACCACGCAGCGGCCAUCUUUGGUCUACCCAACCUGUUCCACUGUGCUGCCCUGUUCCUCUGUGACGCCUAUAGUGACCUAAAGGGGGAGGCAAGAAGCACUCUACCUGAGGAGUUGGUACUGUAUGCAGAGUCUUUGUCGCCAGCAUCUUUCAUCGCUUUGGGAACCCACUCACCCUCUAUGGAGCUGCUGAAGGACUCCUUUAGGACCGUGUGUUACCUGGACGAGGUGGAGGGAGAGUGGAGGCACCUAACAGACCUCCCCACCCACGCCAGCACCUCCAUGGCGGGCAUCGCCGUCCUGGACAACCGGCUGUAUGUGGUGGGGGGUAUUUACGGCUAUGGCAAAGGCACGGUGGACGGCGGCUUCUGCUACGACCCAGGGACGAGUAUGUGGAGCGUGCUUCCUGGACCCCAACAGCCCCGUGCCGACUUCACCCUUCUGGGGCACGAGGGGAAGUUGUAUGCCAUCGGCGGUGAGCACCAGAAAAUAACCAUGUCCUCCGCCGAGGCUUAUGAUGUAGCCACAGGAGAAUGGGCGUUCGUGCAGUCCGCACCACGGCCUGUGGCAGCUGUGGCAUGCGCCAUCGCACGAAGGCGGAUGUUUGUGUGUUUCUGGAGGCCGCCAGACACCACGGAUAUCUACGAGUACAUCCCGGCGAAGGACGAGUGGAUGUUAGCCACCACGAUGAUAAGGCCACAGAGCUACGGACACUGUAUGGUGGCCCACAGGGACAAUUUGUAUGUGAUGCGCAAUGGGCCCUCGGACGACUUCCUACGCUGCCUCAUGGACCGUUACAACAUCACCACGGGACAGUGGACCGCUAUACCAGGAAGCUACAUCAACACUAAGGGAGCACUGUUUACCGCCAUGGUCAGGGGUGACUCUGUGUUCACGGUCAAACACAUGCUAACUCUGGAGUAUACCAUUACUGGGGACACAUGGAAACCCCGUAGGGAGACGAAGAAAGGCUUUCCCAAGAGUGGCUCACUAUGGACAUGCUUACUGAGGCUUCCCAAGGCUGGCCUGUAAUGGUGUACACUGAUAGAGCUGUACUACGUUGCUUGGGGGGGGGGGGAUGUUACUGUAUUAAAGUAUGGGUUAACUUCAGCCACCUCUCCCCUGUCUCUGUUCAGUCACAAUUCACAACAUUGUUAUAUGGUGCCAGAAAUAAACAGUAACACAGUUAAACCCAGUUAAACCCCAGGAGGCAGAUGGAGGAAAAACGACAGAGACGAGAGAAUUAAGCAAUUUGUGGAAAACCUCUUAGAACCCAGAAAUACCCUUGUUUUUUUAUGAGAGAAAACAAGCAUAGAAUAUUGUACUAGAAAACAAGUAUAGAAUAUUGUACUAGAAAACAAGUAUAGAAUGUUGUGCUCAAAAGUAUGCAUAUUAAAGAGAAAAUUAAUAGAAUUCAUUCAGUCUAGUCAAAUUACAAAUCAGAACCACAGGUGCUGCAUCUGUAUGAAUAUGCAGUAUAUUACAACAAUAUUCCAUCAGUGUUUCUCUGCACAGUGCACACACACACACACACACACACACACACACACACACACACACACACACACACACACACACACACACACACACACACACACACACACACACACACACACACACACACACACACACACACACACAGAACUCUCAACAGACAAUGUUCAAAGCUUCAAAAUCUCCCUUAUAAAGCGUGGUUAUCAGUCGUGGUUUCAUCAACAUACACCUCCACACCAGUGGAGGCUCCUCAGAGGAGGACCAUCCUCCUCAGAGAUUUUCAGAAAAAGAAAAAUAGAAAAACACAUCCUUUAAACUAUCUACUAUACUAAAUAUAUUCACA